AUGAUAGCUCGGUUGUGUUUAAGAAGGAAUUUGAAUGGCGUUGUUAUGCGUUGCUACAACCAGGGUUCAGUUCAAAAUCUUGGUUCAGGGUCUUCUACUUCUACCGCAAGUGAAAUAAAAUCAGAUGUGCCAGGACUUAGCGCUGCCGUAAUUCUCCCUGCAGCAGAACCAGUCGGCCCAGGAGUUGACCCAAGCAAGAACGGACCUUACAAAGUCCCCGAGUACUUUUGCUACGACAAUACUAGUUUCUUUGAAGCUGAAAUUGAAAUGGCUAAGUUCAGAUUACCGCAACCCUCUGCAGUGAAGAAAUAA